UUAUAUCAAUUCUUGUAUGUUUGCCGCUUUACCUCUACGCUACUCUUAACCCCAGAAGAACUGUUCUUUAAAUUAAACAGGUCGACAGCCCUUCUCGUUCAACCUCAUCCUCAACACGACGCAAGCUUUGCUGUCUUGCCAAAUGGAUAAAAAAGAGGAAAUUGCACUUGACCGGAUGAGAAAAUCAGUCCAAAAACUCGGUGGCUCUACUGAGAGGUAUGGGGACCCAACAUUGACAAGGUUCUUGAAGGCAAGAUCAAUGGACUCGGAAAAGGCAGCAAAAAUGUUUGUGCAGUGGCAGACAUGGAGGGCUAGUUUUGUUCCAAAUGGGUUUAUUCCUGAAUCUCAAAUUCCUGAUGAAUUGGAAUCAAGAAAGGCGUAUUUGCAGGGUUUAUCAAAAGAUGGUUACCCAGUUUUAAUUUUCAAAGGAAGUAGGCAUUUUCCCUGCAAGGAUCACCUUCAAUGCAAGAGGUUUGUGGUAUAUAUGUUAGACAAAGCUGUUGCAAGGGCAAUUAAAGAGCAUGAAAUAGGAAAUGAGAAGUUCAUUUGCCUUAUUGAUCUUCGGCAACUAACAUAUAAGAACUUUGAUCCUCGCGGAUUAAUCAAUGCUGUACAAUUUCUGCAGGCUUACUAUCCUGAGCGUUUAGAAAAGAUAUACAUGUUAUUCAUGCCCCGAUUCUUUCAAAGUGUUUGGAAGAUGGUUUGCCACUACCUUGACAAGGGAAUAAGAGAAAAGACUGAGAUAGUGAAGAAUGAUGAAAAAGCAAGAGUCGAGUUCGUAAAAAAAAUUGGUGAGGAGGUCUUACCCAAAGAGCUUGGUGGUCGAGCACAGCUUGUAGCUCUGCAAGAUGUUACAGUGCCUCAGUUGAACUGAAAUAAUGAUAUAGAGAUCAGAAGAGCUAUAAUCAAGUUUUUCUUUUUUUGGAUCUUCCUGUUGUGGGAGUAUUAAUUAGCUCUUUUUGUUGACAAUUAUAGCAUUAUAAUUAAAGAUUUGUCAAGCUUUACUCUGCUGAAGUUUCAUGCUUUGGCUAUGAAUAAUGCAUUUUUGAGACUUA